AUGUCACCAAUGAUUGGUGAGAAUGAAGAGCAAAUCCAGGAAGGAUUCUCCCUCACCUCAGCACAUACAUGGUUAAAGAUUGGAAAGAAGUCAGAUUGCCUUUUGUUUGGAUCAAAACCAAAGGAAUAUCAUCACAUGUUCAAGAUUCAAUUCAGUGGGACAUCAAAGGAUAAAGCACUGGAAAACUGUGAAAGAUGCAUUGAGAAGCUGAAGGUUUACUUACCUGUGCAGAACGAAUCAACUGAAGAACAAUUAAUGAGUGUUUCAGAGGAAAGAAUACCUGUGACACAUCUUGUACAAUCUGUGUUAAACCCUCAGGAAAAGGACUUGCAGGCUGCCGAUCCACCCCCUGCUUUGAGUUCUGAUGAGCUAGGGGCCUUUAUUAAAAUAUGUCUAUUGGAUCAACACUUUCCUGCAUUUGUUGAAGCUGUAGAAAAAGAGCUGCACAAACUCACAGAACGCGAACAGUGCAAGGAAUCAGAAAGACAAUCACAGCACAAAUAAAUAGUGUAUGGAUUUUUAUGUAUUUU